AUGGUGAAAGACGGAGAGAAGCCUUUUGAUUGGGAAUCCAGAAGAGAAACCAGGAAUUUAUCUCCAAAGCAGAGCUGUUAUGAAAUUAAAUCAUUGCAACCAGAGAUAAAAACACCUAUAAGGUCUAACCUUGUAUGCAUUAGGGUUAGAGAUAAUAGUGAAAUCAAAUGCUACCUGGAGAGACAACAAGAUGGACAUUUCAAACCGGCUCUAAUAACCUCUGAAGAAAUGUCUGCUUUCAUUCAGUGCAAAGUUUAUAGAGUACCUCAGAUAAUUCAUACUGGGAGGAAGUCAUGUGAAUACAAGGAAUGUAAGGAAGUUUUCAGGUACCAAUCAGACCAUAUUCAACAUGAAAGCAGUCAUAAUAAGGAAAAAAACUCUAAAUGCAGAGAAUGUGGAAAAGCCUUGAAUAGUAGGUCAGACUUGAAUAAGUGUCAGAGAAUUCAUGAAAGAAAGGAAAGUAAUGAAGGUAAUAAACAUGCCUUUAUUCAUGAUUCUGAAAUUACUGAACCUCAGAGCAUUAAUACUGGGGAGAAGGUUCUUAAAUGUAAAGAAUGUGGGAAAACCUUUUCUUCUAACUCACAGCUUAUUAACCAUCAAAGGAUUCAUAUUGGUGAGAAACCCUAUGAAUGUAAGGAAUGUAAGAAGGCCUUUCCAACUACUUCACAACUUAAUUUACAUCAGAGAAUUCAUACACAUGAGAGGUACUAUGAAUGUAAGGAAUGUGGAAAAGCUUUCACCCGUCCCUCACACCUUUUUCGACAUCAGAGGAUCCACACUGGUGAGAAACCCCAUAAAUGUAAAGAAUGUGGUAAAGCUUUUCGUUAUGACACACAACUUAGUCUUCAUCAAGUAAUUCAUACCGGUGAAAGACGCUAUGAAUGUAAGGAAUGUGGAAAGGUAUAUAGCUGUGCCUCACAACUGAGUCUACAUCAAAGAAUUCAUACUGGCGAGAAACCUCAUAAAUGUAAGGAAUGUGGGAAAGCUUUUAUCUCUUAUUCACAUCUUAUUCGACAUCAGAGUGUUCAUACUGGUGAUAAACCAUACAAAUGUAAGGAAUGUGAGAAAUCCUUUCGUCGUGGCUCAGAACUUACUCGACAUCAAAGAGCUCACACUGGUGAGAAACCCUAUAAAUGUACGGAAUGUGCAAUGACCUUUACUUGUAGCACAGAACUUAUUCGACAUCAAAAAAUUCACACUGGUGAGAGACCCCACAAAUGUAAGGAAUGUGAAAAAUCUUUUAUUCGAAGGUUAGAACUUACUCAUCAUGAGAGAACUCAUAAUGGUGAAAAACCGUAUGAGUGUAAGGAAUGUGGAAAGGCCUUUGGUCGUGGCUCAGAACUUAGUCGACACCAGAAAAUUCACACUGGUGAGAAACCUUAUGAAUGUAAGCAUUGUGGAAAAGCCUUUAUUCGUGGCUCACACCUUAGUCAACAUCAAAAAAUUCAUGCAGGACAGAGGAAUGAAUGAAGAUAUGGGAACAUUCAGAAUUUAAUUGACAUCUGAAAUUCAUACUAGUAAAACAGAAACAAAUCUCUAUGAUUAUAAGGAAUAUGGGAAAGUACAUAAGAAUAACUUAAUAUCAAGAGUUUGUACUGUGAAUGUAAAGUGUUUAAGGGCCAGAAUGUUAGGAAUUGGGAGGGUUUAUUUGUGUUUCAGAAUUCCUUUCCUAUCAUAGUGCAAUUGGUAAAAAAAACUGAAUGUAAGAAAAAUGGGAAAGUUUAGGAUAGCAGCAAAUGUGUUAAGAGGCAUUAAUAGUUCAAACCUUUCUCAACAUCAGGAUCA